UGAAGGCUGCUGUCGUGUUGACAUGAAUACUGAGUGCGCUGCCGUGGCUGAGACUCACUGAACUGAAGUAAAAAUUGAAGUCAAUUGGCCGUCGAGUUGACAUCACUCCGUCUUCGUCUGCAGAAAGUGAAAUCAACCACAGGACGAGGCACCAGAAAGAAUAGUCAUGCAACGGAAACCUCGAGCAAAACGUCACGCACACACAGGUCAUGCAGCCUGUCGCAGUCCAUAGCUCGGCUCUGACCUCGGCGGAGCAUAAUUUCCGAUGGUGCGUUAAUGGUUGUCUUAAUGGUACGUUAUCGGAGCUUGAGUGUUAGUACAUUAGACACAUUGACUGUGCGUUUGUGAAAAUACUGUGGUAAGAGGGUUUGAUAUUUGUUUCAUAUUCAUGCAACAAGGGAAUAUUUGUGGUUUUUGUUAUCGUUACAUUCCAGUUUCCGUAUCAGUUACGUAAACGCAACUCUGUGAGACAAAAUGGAUGAGCAAAGCAAUGCCAUGCGGUCAAGGUCAGCCUUCGCCAGACGGCGUGACCGCUCGCAGAGCCUGGACAUGAACGUGGGGCAGGAGCAGUGGCCACACCCAUUCCGCAUGUACACUGCGUGUGGCCUCCUCGGGGCAUGGUCUCGCCUGCAGUACGACUCUGAGGAGGGAGAAGAAGAGGAAGAAAGUCGCUCACAGGAUUCAAGAGCAGCUAUGCUGUGGUCGUCGCCAGGGCGGAAGGACCACAAGCCCAUCGCCACGGCCACAGCGGGCGAUUCCCACGUGGCAGGCGAUGACGUCGCCUCGAAGAGCAUCAUUUUCGAGGACAGGCAGAAGGCCUCCGGCGAGAAGGUCCUGAACCGCCUACGGGAGAGGCAGCAGAGUCUCGAGGACGAGCAGCAGCAACACCAGUAUCACAGCGUGGGUCUGAGGGCAAGCAGCCAUCCGCUCGAGGAGCCAGUCUUCCAUACGCCCACCAGAAGAAGGUCUUUGCCUCGAAAACUCAUGCCGCUGUGGCGCCACACGCCCACGCCGUAGUCCAACUUGGAUGAUGACCCGGGCACCUCAACCCAUAAAAAUAUCUCCUGUGUUGUACGUAAUUUCCUGAAUGAUAUAGGUAUUGUCUAUAAAAAUGCUGAUAGAAAUGAAUCCGCUUAAACAUCUUUAAACUAAAUCCAUGUGACUGUCUGCUGGCAUUCCCUCGAAAUGCGGUUUCUAAAAGAGAAGUAAAAAAUAGACGAUCUAAUCACAUUCUUCUGUCUAAGAAUACUUACUCAUGACUCUUGAAAGGGACCUGUACACGUGCAUUCUCAUUUCUAGCAGCCUCGCCUCCAAAAUCUUUGUCACACACAAGGACCGCCUCGGCCUUUGUUAUUCGCCCAUACGACAGGCCAUGCAAGUUGCAAAGAUUCAGGUGACUGGGCAGUUCUGUUAUCAGAUACUGAAAAGACGAAGGGAACGAAACUUUAAUUUCCUUCAUUU